AUGGUUCAAUCUUCUGUCUUAGGUUUCCCACGUAUUGGUGGUCAAAGAGAAUUAAAGAAAAUCACUGAAGCUUACUGGGGCGGUAAGGCUUCCGUUGAUGAGUUGUUGGCGACUGGUAAGCAGUUGAGAGAACACAACUGGAAGUUGCAGCAGCAAGCUGGUGUCGAUGUCAUUCCAUCCAAUGACUUUUCAUUCUACGACCAAGUGUUGGACUUGUCCCUCUUGUUCAAUGCUAUCCCCGAAAGAUACACCAAGUUUGAGUUGGCCCCAAUUGACGUUUUGUUUGCUAUGGGCAGAGGCUUGCAAAGAAAAGCCACCGACUCGAGUCCUGCUGUUGACGUCACUGCGUUGGAAAUGGUCAAGUGGUUUGACUCAAACUACCACUAUGUCAGACCAACUUUUUCCCACUCUACCGAUUUCAAGUUAAACACUGCUGCUGGUGUUAAGCCAGUUGACGAGUUCAACGAAGCCAAGGCCUUGGGUGUCAAGACUAGACCUGUCGUUUUGGGACCAGUUUCAUACUUGUACUUGGGUAAAUCCGACAAGGACUCCCUCGACUUGGACCCAAUUUCCUUGUUGCCUAAACUUUUGCCAGUCUACAAGGAGUUGUUGAGCAAAUUGAAAGAAGCUGGUGCCGAUGAAGUGCAAAUUGAUGAGCCAAUUUUGGUUUUGGACUUGCCAGAAGGUGUUCAAUCCAAAUUCCAAGAAGCUUAUGACUACUUGGCUACUACAGAGGCUCCAAAAUUGAUUUUGACCACUUAUUUCGGUGACGUUAGACCAAACUUGAAGGCUAUUGAAAACUUGCCAGUUGCCGGUUUCCACUUUGACUUUGUCAGAGUCCCAGAGCAAUUGGACGAAGUUUCCUCAAUUGUCAAGGGCGACCAAACCUUGUCUGUUGGUGUUGUUGACGGUAGAAACAUUUGGAAAACCGACUUGGCCAAGGCUUCAAAUGUCGUGAACAAGGCUAUUGAAAAAGUUGGUAAGGACAAGGUUGUUGUUGCCACUUCAUCAUCAUUGUUGCACACUCCAGUUGAUUUGGAAUCUGAAACCAAAUUGCCAGCUGAGAUUAAGGACUGGUUUUCUUUUGCUACUCAAAAGUUAGAUGAAGUUGUCACCAUUGCCAAGCACAUUUCCGGUGAAGACGUUUCUAGCAAAUUGGACGCUAAUGCUGCCUCAGUCAAGGCCAGAAGCGAAUCUUCAAUCACCAAUAACCCCAAGGUUCAAGAAAGAUUGACCACCAUCAAUGAAAAAUUGGCCACCAGAAAGGCUGCUUUCCCCGAGAGAUUGGAAGCUCAAAAGGCCAAAUACAACUUGCCUUUGUUCCCAACCACCACCAUUGGCUCAUUCCCACAAACUAAGGACAUUAGAGUCAACAGAAACAAGUUUGCCAAGGGACAAAUCACCGCUGAAGAAUACGAACAAUUUAUCAACAAGGAGAUGGAAACUGUUGUUAGAUUCCAAGAAGAAAUUGGUUUGGACGUUUUGGUUCACGGUGAACCGGAGAGAAACGAUAUGGUUCAAUACUUUGGUGAACAAUUGGAUGGUUUUGCUUUCACCACCAACGGUUGGGUGCAAUCAUACGGUUCCAGAUACGUUAGACCACCAAUCAUUGUUGGUGACGUUUCCAGACCAAAAGCCAUGACCGUUAAGGAAUCAGUUUACGCGCAAUCAUUGACCAAAUCGCCCAUGAAGGGUAUGUUGACUGGUCCAGUCACCAUCUUGAGAUGGUCUUUCCCAAGAGAUGACGUUUCUGGUAAGAUCCAAGCCUUGCAAUUGGGUUUGGCUUUGAGAGAUGAAGUUGACGACUUGGAAAAAGCCGGUAUCACCGUGAUUCAAGUUGACGAGCCAGCCAUCAGAGAAGGUUUGCCAUUGAGAGCCGGUAAGGAGAGAUCAGACUACUUGAACUGGGCUGCUCAAUCCUUCAGAGUUGCCACUUCUGGCGUUGAAAACUCUACUCAAAUCCACUCCCACUUUUGUUACUCAGACUUGGACCCUAACCACAUCAAGGCCUUGGACGCUGAUGUUGUCUCCAUUGAAUUUUCAAAGAAGGACGAUCCAAAUUACAUUCAAGAAUUUUCGGAAUACCCUAACCACAUUGGCUUAGGUUUGUUUGAUAUCCACUCACCAAGAAUCCCAUCCAAGGAGGAGUUUGUUGCUAGAAUUGAGGAAAUCUUGAAAGUUUACCCAGCCAACAAGUUCUGGGUCAACCCAGACUGUGGUUUGAAGACUAGAGGUUGGCCAGAAGUUAAGGAAUCUUUGACCAAUAUGGUUGAAGCUGCCAAGGACUUCCGUGCUAAAUACUAA